GGCAGGAACAACCUGUAGGAGGAAAAAUGUGACCAGGAGCGGAAGGCUCUGUGGCAACUCUGCUCCCCGUAGCACGGUCGGAACAGCCGCCCCAGGCGUGACGCGGCGCCCAGCGCGGGCCAGGCUAGAGCUGCCCAUGCCGGGGCUGGGCGGACUGUUACCGCCGUUACCUGGAAACCGGCUGCGGAGACAAGCGGCACGCGGCGGCUCGCGCGCGGGACCCUGCCUGUGGCAGCCCCCCUUCCCGCGCCGCGCCGGUUAGCUGGACGCGAGCCGCCCCGCUCGCCAGCCUCUCGGGGGAGGGACGCCCCCCAGCGGAGCUGGAUGAAUGAAGCCCCGGGGCCCCGCCUCCUCUGCCUUAUAGCUCGGCGGCUGGUCCCUUCGGCCCACUGAGCUCCUCGCCAUGGGCUGGGGCAGCGCGGCCGCGGCUGGGCUGCUGCUGCGGCGGCGGCUCCGCUCCCGCGCCAAGCCGGCGGCAUGACGCCCCCCCAGUUCUGUGUGGGGGGCCGCUUCAACCACACCGCUCCCAGCAUGUGGGGCGGCGCCAGCGCCCCGCGGGGGGCCGACAACGGCACGGCGCGCGCCGCGGAGGGGUGCGGCUCGGUCUCGGUGGCCUUCCCCUUGAGCAUGAUGCUGACGGGCACGGUGGGCAAUGCCCUGGCCAUGCUGCUGGUGUCCCGCGCCUGCCAGAGGAAGGAGAACACGCGGAAAAAGUCCUUCCUGCUGUGCAUCGGCUCCCUGGCGCUCACCGACCUCACCGGCCAGCUCCUCACCAGCCCCGUGGUCAUCGCCGUGUAUCUGGCCAACAGGAACUGGCAGGAGCUGGACCCCUCGGGCAACCUGUGCGCCUUCUUUGGGUUCUGCAUGACCGUCUUCGGCCUCUGCCCCCUCUUCAUCGCCAGUGCCAUGGCCGUCGAAAGGACCCUGGCCAUCAGAGCGCCUCACUGGUACGCCAGCCACAUGCGAACCAGGGUGACCAAGACUGUCUUGCUCAGCAUCUGGCUGGCGGUGUUUGCCUUUGCCCUCCUGCCCAUAGCUGGCUUAGGGCAGUACACCCUGCAGUGGCCAGGCACCUGGUGUUUUAUCAGCACCGGGGACAACCAGGCUGUGGGCAACACCUUCUUCGCUUCAGCCUUUGCCUUUUUGGGACUUUCCUCUCUGAUCGUCACCAUGGCGUGUAACUUGGCCACGAUCAAAGCUUUAGUGGCUCGGUGCAGGACCAAACCCUCAGCGUCUCAGUCCAGCAAGCAGUGGGGGAGAAUCACCAUGGAAACACUGGUCCAGCUGUUGGGGAUCAUGUGUGUUCUCUUUGCUUGUUGGUCACCACUGUUGAUUAUGAUGUUGAAAAUGAUCUUCAGUCACAAGUCGGUUGAACACUGCAAGCCAUCUGACAACACAGUUCAAAGCAUAGAACUGCAGAAAGAAUGCAAUUUCUUCUUGACGGCUGUCCGCUUGGCCUCACUAAACCAGAUCUUGGACCCCUGGGUUUAUCUGCUAUUAAGAAAAAUUCUCCUCCGAAAGUUUUGUCAGGUAGCAAAUGCUAUCUCCAGUUGUUCUAAUAAUGGAUGGAAAGGGCGACCUAUCAUGUUAACAGAUGAAAUCAGACAGACAGCAGCAUGAAAGAAUAUUGAUACACCUUGCAUGCAAAUUACUUUUGACAAGUAGUCUUAAGCCUUACUGUGAAUUUGGGCAUCUGUGGCGUGCCGGUGUCUCCACAUAACUAAGCAUAGUAGUACUUUUGAAUGGACUUAGAAUGCCAGACAAUUAUGUAUCUGGUUUGCCAACAAUACAUAAAUAUAAACAAAGGAGUAUGGCCUAUUAUUAACAGUUACCUAAAAUUAUCAUAGCUAAAACCAUUCAAGCUAAAGAAUAUGACUUUUUUUCUGCCAUAUACAUCAUGUUUUCUGGGGAUUUUUGUUUCUUUGAAGGAGAAGAAUCAAUAAUUUUUAUGUCAGGUAACAUUUGAGACACAGAUUCAACAGCUUAAGUUAUUGAAAAGACUCGUUACUGUACUUAAUUUUGACUCUAAGCUUAUCUGCUAGAUCCAGAUAUUAUUCCUACCUCCUUUUUUGGGGAAAAUGCAAGAGACUUGAGGAAAAAAAUAAUAGGAGUCCUUUCCUUUCUUUAGAUUUCAGUGAUUUGUUAGAAGAAUUGCCAGUGUCGUUGUGUAUAAUAAUGGUGUUCUCUUUCAAGUGCUGAAAGGCAGCAGGAGUCGUUGAUACAUGGGCUUACCAUGGAACAGCUGUUCACCAGCUUAUGUAUCGCUAAAGCUAGAUAGCUACUCGGAAAAAUAAAACAACUCCUGAAUAUGUAACAGAUGUACAAAACCCGCCAAAUGAGACUAAUUAACCCAGGAUCUAUGAUGUGCCCCGGUAACAAGGCAGAGGACAUCUAACAGCGGUCUAAGUGAGGAAGGCAGCAUGUUUUGACAUCAGAAAUAUUUUUUUCCAGUUAGCAAAUCUCCCUUCUGGUUUGCAUGCUUUUUGUCUGGGUAUUUCUAUCUUAGCCAAUUUCUGUGAUGUCCCUCUCGCAAAUGUUAUGUAUUAUAUUCAUAUUAAUGUGCCUAUCAUUAAAAAGAAGGCUGUUUCAGGAAUAGCUAUAUAAACAGAUCAUUUACAAAUGAACGCUGCUCUUAGGACACUACUUAGACUAAUGUGAUCCAAUAAGAACACCGUCUUAAUAAUUUAGUGUCAUACCUAAGAUGGAACCAAAGACACACCUUUUAAAAGCAGAUCCAUUAUUCUUCAAGGCAUAUUAGGAUAGUCAUUUAUUCACAUCCAUACAAUAUGUCUUACAAGACAUAGAGCUUAAUUCUGCUUGGACAUGCACAGCUCAGUAGGUUUGCACUAGUGCAAAAAAGAGUGGAAUUUGGCUGAUAUGCUGAAAAUCAGAAACAUACCCUUCAGCUACAAGAGGUUUACACCAGUGUAACUGAGAUCAGAAUUUGGCAUUCAGUGCCUUCUAGGUAAUAGAACAGAAUACAAUAAACUAGAACUACAGUGUCCUGGCCAACAUUUGCAAUCUGAAUAAAACAAGAUCUACUGUCCAACACUCUACAGGAGAUAACAUUGAGUACAAUGACCGUAUGUGCCUACACAGCGUCUGCCCUACGAGUGUCUAGAGCUCAUUACUGAUAAGCACUUUAGGAAAUACUGAGUGAGAAAGAUACUGUAUAAAACCAAAUGAUCCCUUACUCUCUUUGAAAGAAGUGCCAUGUGCCAUUUCAUGCCAAAAGACUUCUGUUAAAAGGCUGUUUUUCUGUUCAAGAGAUUAGCCUCAUUCAGUUUAUACACAUUAGCCAUUUUUCAGAAAUUUGUCCUUUGUGAAGUGUGUCAGAGUGACCUCAGUUAUUUGAGUGAAUUGUGCUCUGCUGGACUUUUCUGUCAGUCAAUAGCCGAACAGCAGCCUGGUACAAUAGUGUAGCAAGGGUGCAAAAAGUCUAUGAGAUUGAGUAAUUUUUGUCCUAAUAUCACCACUGGGCAAACAUUAGUUUUUCAUCUAGACUAACAAUGAGAUAUGCAAUGGCAAUAUAAGAACUGCUGAAAUGUAAAGAUAGUUUAAACUAAUUGUUGAAGGGAACCAGAUAUGGGCAUUAUAAUGCUCAGAAUAAUCUCAUCCAUUUGCACUCGUUAUUAAAACAGUUCCUUUAUUUAUUUUUUAAUUUAGAGAAAAGAGGGAUCAUAUCUGUCUUUGGGUGCAGUAAUAUGAAGAAUUGCAUUUUAUAAACCAAGAAAGUCUGAGAGAUUAUUUGCAUCUUAUUUGUUUAUAGCAAAAGAAUUUAAGCAUUAUUUGCCAGGCAUGGCCUUUAUGACAUGACUGGCAACUGAAGCACUUUCUUAAAUGAAUUCAAAGAUCUUUAUCAGAAAUGUAAUUAUUUGUUUUGUUUUCCCAUUUAUCUGGUUCUGCGGGGAAGAUAUUUUUGCUGUAUAUUUUUGCAGAUGCCUUCUACUUUAUUCUAAAUGUAUGUAAAUUUCACUACAGUCGUAUUUCGAAGAUCCAUUUUGAUAAAAUGAUGUACUUCUGCCAGAGACAUUGUAGAAACUGUGGUGUAUGGUUGAAUUCUUUUGAUAUAAUUUUGUUGGCAUUCAAAACACAGCCUGUUGGUGUAUUGAGUGUGUGUGUGUUGUAUUUGUCAAUGCAAAAUAAACAUUUAAAAGUUCAGCAGAAUAA